AACGAGACCACCCCCUGCGGCCUUGCCCUGAGCUCAUUGUGAUCGUUCUGAAAGUGAACCACCGCGAAACUGUUCUCCGACUGACUUGGACAAUGGACAACGGACACUACUCAGACUCCGAAAACAGACCUCUUAAACGUGCGAGACGUACACCCUCACCUUCAUCAUCCAACGGACACCCUAGCACUAUGCCUCCAAAUUCCUCGGCCUUGCCUCCGCUUUCCCUCAGUAUCUUGGGCGUAGAACCAUUAGACGAGUUCAUCGUAGAAGUUGCUGACUUCAUACACCAUAUGAUCAGGACUAAGCCGGAAGGUCCUGGACUAGUAGAGGUUGAGGCGAAAGUGGGUGUCUUGCGAGACAAGGGUACUGGACAAAGAUUACAACUUCCGAUACUCGUGGAGACCAUACUUUCACCCAAUUAUACCGAAAGCCGAUUCGAGUCCAACAUGUCACCAAUGCAACACAAACAUUUUAACCAGCUCCUCAACAAACUGAAAACGACACCAGGUCAAUCAUCCAGUCCGGUUGAAUACCAACACCAUCAUCUUAUCGACACGUUCUACCCCUCGGACAACCCACGCGACAGAGAGAAGAUUCGUGUAACGAGAGACGAAAGGACGGGAGAAGUCAAGGAAUGCUUGAAGAAAAUUCGGCUCGGCAGUUUGGACAUAUACAGUCCCAAACGAGCGGCCGAUUGGCGUAUAAGCGUGAAUCUGGAAGUUCCAGUUCCACCACCAAUAGGGUCUUCUACCCAUUCGCGUAAAAAGGACCGCCUAAGUUACUCGCACGAGGAGUUCGUCAUUGACCUCACACAGGUCACUUCCUCUGGAGGUCCCAACACCAAAGUACGUCUCUUGCAAAAGUUUACUGGUCUCUCCAAGACUCUUGUCCACUCAUUACGUUUGCUUUCGCACGCAGCCUGAAGUCCUACAUGAACUAGAAGUCGAACUCGCGCGACCAGACUACCUCCUCUACACCGCUAUGAAACGUCGCGACCCUAAUGCAAGCGAGAUAGAACAAUCUGCCUUUGAUGAACUGAUUAGGGCGUUCGUUAAUAAUGCAAGGAUAUUGGUACGAAAUGCCGGAGAGGGGUGGCAGUAAUUUUCGUAAGUAUGUAGUGCGGGUGGGCGAAUGGUAGGAGGCGUUCCGUUUUACUGUAGCCGUGCGAUCUUAGUUUUCUGUGCUUUUGUAUGACUUAUUCCUAUUGACUUCAUACAAUCAACUCGUCGAUGUUCCACGCCCACCCUUUUGUUAUAGUAAUGUGCAAAGCAGAUGAUGUUCGGAAUUCGUUUAUCGGAAAUUUAUGUGAAAUACAAUUAC